CCAAGCCGUGUCAUCAGGCUACGCGCACUUGGCCCUGUCUGGUGAUAGCCUUGGCUGAGCGCGUCAACGGUGACUAGCUGUUCCGUCUCUGCCUGUCCUUCCGGCCGGCAGGCGUGCGUUCACCUUGUCGAUGAGGCCGUGCACUUUUGGCUCCUCAUCCCUUGUCCGAGCCUGUCCACGUGAUGGCAGUCAUCUAGCAGCCCAGCAUCUCGCCUUGGAGCGCUUCAACAUGAUCUUUGGGGAUGUGAGCCCGCCCUCAACUUGUCUCCUCAUCCGUCCCGCCGUACCAUUGACUGUUGCAAACCAAUCACGGGCUCCUUCUGGCUGCGGCGCCUUCCAUGGUGCGCAUCCGCCAGAUCAGGCACGGCGGGUCAGACUGCAAGUAUCAGCCUCGGGUUGGAAAAAGGGCACGGCGUGCAUGUUUUUCCGCCUGCCUCGCGAUGAGGCGCAACCAGUCUUGCGGGGCUUUACAUCCAGCUUUCAUGAACCAAGACGGCAUGGCGUAGUAGUGGAUUGCAAGAUGCACUCGUCACCACGCAAUUGUGAAUGCCUCCACGCCUUUGCCGACGAGACAUGUCUGCUGAGCGAACAGCCACAAUGGAAACGCUUCAUCGUGGCGAAAUUCGGGCAAAGGCGUGCUGGCGAAGGGAGGCUAAUGCGCAUAAUCGAUCGCUUUCGUGAUCGUGAAGUGACGGACGGGCGUAAGCUAGCGCAGCGCGUGAUGCAACGGAACGCUCCUCCACUAUGCUUCCGCUCACUUUUGGCGACCCCGCUCACGUCGCCGGAACUUUCCUGGUAAAUGUGAUCCCGUGGCGUAGAUCUCAGCCACCCGGCUACUCAUCUCAGACGACGAGCCCAAACAUGGAUGUCGCACGCUUGAGCUCCCCAUUGACAGUGACGAGACAAUCACGAUGGGCAUCCAGCUGGUUGUGAA